AUGCCGUCCACCAACCACUGGAACGACCACCUCCCGCUCAAGAUCGUCAACGUCUUGACCUUUGCGUUCCUCUUCUCCUCCAACAUCUACUCGGCCUUCACGCCGCACAGCUACGGCAGGGAUACCUACUUCACCCCCGCCGACUAUGUCUUCUACACCUGGACCAUCAUCGACGUCCUCCUGCUCGGCUUCGUCAUCUAUCAGUUCUUCGAUGACUCGACCGACGUCGUCCACGGCAUCGGCUGGCGCUUCCCCCUCAUCGGUGUCCUGAACGCCAUCUUCGUCCACGUCUUCGUCACGCGCCACUACAUCGUCGCCCUCAUCUUUGCCAUCCUCGUCGCCUCGACCGUGAGCACCGCGUACUACACGCUCUCGGCUCACUACCCGGCGAGGAGCAUCGGCGACACCGUCUUUGUCCACCUCCCCUUCUCGCUCUGGCACGCCUGGUCGAUCGUCCUCGUCCUCAUCAGCGCCUUCGCCCUCUUCACCCACGGCAACCACCACACCCACCCCUCGGUUCUCAGCCGCAUCCUCGUCGUCGCGGCCGAAGCCUUCCUCGCCCUCACCGCCAUCGGUUACGCCUUCCGCUCGCGCGAGGGUGACGUUGCCGGAGCUGCCGUCCUCGCCUUCACCCUUUACGGCAUCUACGACGCCCAGAGGGACGACGUUAUCCGCUACUGCGCCCUCGCUGGCUUCAUCGUCUCGCUCCUCUCGAUCGUCAAGUCGCUCUACUUCACCUUCGCCGGUGACCGCGGCGUCUCGCUCGGCACGGACGACGAGCGUCGCCCGCUCGUCGCGUAA